CCCCUCCCUCCUCUGGCGGGCGGACCCGGAACAGUCAGGCGGACGGUGAUCAGCGGCCAGGAACGGUCCCGGUACACGCCGCUAUCAUGCAGGGGAACCUGACAGAGGAGCUGGAGCUGGAAAAGAGCGUCCGGCGACUGAGAGAGAAGUUCUACGGCCACAUCCCAAUAGAGACAGCGGUCCAUCUCAUGAGGAAGUUCACCAACAAUCAUGUGCAAGUCUGUCAAUACAUCAUCCUGUGCAAGGACGACCUUAAUGAUAUGGAUCCAGAUGACAGAAGCAGUUUGAAGAAGGACAAAGUUGCAAUGAAUGUAAUCAAUAAACUAAAGAAGGACAAAGACACGCCAAAGGACCUGAGUACAGACAAGGACAUACAGAACCUGGCUGAAAGAUUGAAGCAUCUUCCUCUGACAGAGAAGAACUUAAAAAUGUUUACCAAUGCUACUGAAAACCUCAUCCCCUCUCAUAACCGCCAGUUCUCCUGCAGAGAAUGUGACAAGAUGUGGUGGCGAAGGGUUCCACAGAGGAAAGAGGUGUCCAGAUGUCACAUCUGCCGCAAGAAAUACGACCCGGUGCCUUAUGAUAAAAUGUGGGGGAUCGCAGAGUUCCAUUGCCGGACCUGCAACCGGAUGUUCAAGGGAUUUUCUCAGAUGGGCUGUGCUUGCCCCUGUUACAUGUGUACUACACCCGUCCUGCCCAUUCGCAUACUUCCUCCAAGCCGGAACAAAGGCCCACGAACCCGCAGCCCUCACAGCUGCUUUGCCGAAGACUGCUACAAUCGCAGAGAGCCUCACAUUCAAGGUGUGCUAUGUGUCCACCCUAGAAGCAGAGCUAAAAACAACGAACCCAAAGUGCUUUAUGCCAGCACCCCACAUGUGAGCUCAGGGUCCACCGUGGCCACCUGCUUGAGCCAGGGCAGCCUGACCCAGUGUGACCUGGAUGAGCUUAUCCUGGAUGACAUCAAGGAGACGGAUGAAGAGGAGAGCGAUGAUGACAGUUAAAGACCAACAGUGGGUAACCUGGAAUCCAUAUGGACUGUCCAGAUCCACUAGGUCAUUUCUUAAGUGAAAGGUUGGCCGUUUAGCCAUGUUUAUAUGAAAUUUGUUGACCAUCAAAGGGUGAAGGCUGUUGAUUUUUGCAUAGGUUAGUGGGUCAGCAUACCCACCAGCUUGUUAAAGGUCCCUGAAAUUUGGUGGGGAGAACAAUACCCCAAUAUCCUAUCCAUUUUAGGUCCAAAGGCUGGAUUCUUUACAUAUUGCAUGGAGAAUCCAACAGAAAGCCAGCCAGACUAUGGCUUGGCAUUAAGCCAAAGGGUUUGUGAUAGCCGGAGGGAAUGGUGGAAGCCACCACUAGGUCCAGAAAACCUAUAACCAAUCAGAAGGUGAUUGAGCCUAUCAUGCUCCUUUAAAAACUUUAGGCUGAAUGGGCCAUUGAACCUCGUGUUUUGUGUUGUUUGUUGGGGGAAACCACAGUUAAGAUCAGCAGAAGUUGAGCCUUAAACAUUUCCAAGAGAAAUAAGUGCCUUAUCUUUGUGUCUUUUUUUUCCGGUGUACACACUGUGUUGUGUUGUAUUUUUUUACUGUUGCUCCUAUCUAAAUCAUAUAAAUUCACCUGUCAUUUGUUGCAUUAUGCUCCGCCAUUUUGAUUUUUGUAAGAGUGCUAAUGGCUGACAUAUCUGGUUGCAUCAGCUGACAUUUGGUAUUCUGACACAACGUUGCUUCAGUCUUCACAUUUUUUGCAGUAAGAAAUUCUUUGCUACAAUUAUCUCUGGAAACCACUUUUUGUUACAAAAAAAUAAAAAGUUAUGUUUUUAAACACA